UUCGCUUCAGUACAGUAUUUUCGCCGGGGGGGAAAAGUGAGUUUCUCGCGGGCGGCGGCGGCGGAGGCUCGUGCUCCAGGUCAGUGGUUCGCCGGAGAUGGCCGGCGAGGGCGGAAGCGGCGGAGAGCGCGGCAAGGACCCGCUGGAGGGCGUCCGCGCCAUCGUGCUGAAGCCGUCCGAGUCCCUCGACGAGUCGCGGUUCACCAAAAUCGCCGGCGCCGACUUCAACGACGCCGGCCUCGGCCUCGACGGGCUUCUUGGGUCGCUCGCCUCGACGGGGUUCCAGGCGUCCAACCUCGGCGACGCCAUUGACGUCGUCAAUCAGAUGUUAGAUUGGAGGUUGUCGCAUGAGAAGCCAACCGAGGACUGUGAUGAAGCUGAACUUGACCCGAAAUACAGAGAGUCUGUGAAGUGCAAGAUAUUCCUUGGUUUCACUUCAAACCUUGUUUCUUCCGGUAUACGGGAUGUAAUACGGUUUCUAGUUCAACAUCACAUGGUGGAUGUUAUUGUAACGACAGCUGGGGGUAUAGAGGAAGACCUCAUAAAAUGCCUAGCACCAACGUACCGAGGUGAAUUUUCUUUACCUGGGGCACUGCUACGGUCAAAAGGACUUAACCGGAUAGGAAAUCUGUUGGUGCCUAAUGAUAACUAUUGCAAGUUUGAAAACUGGAUCAUGCCACUCUUUGACCAGAUGCUACAAGAACAAUCUACUGAGAAUGUUUGGACACCAUCAAAAGUGAUUGCUCGUCUUGGCAAGGAAAUAAAUGAUGAAAGCUCCUACCUUUAUUGGGCAUACAAGAACAAUAUUCCUGUAUACUGCCCAGCAUUGACUGAUGGAUCACUCGGAGACAUGCUGUUUUGUCAUGCAGUUCGCAAUCCUGGUCUUAUUAUCGACAUUGUACAAGAUAUAAGGUUGAUAAAUGGUGAAGCCAUUCAUGCAAGCCCAAGGAAGACCGGGGCCAUAAUUCUUGGUGGAGGCCUUCCAAAGCAUCACAUAUGCAAUGCAAAUAUGUUUCGCAAUGGUGCAGAUUAUGCAGUCUAUAUCAACACAGCUCAAGAGUUUGAUGGAAGCGACUCAGGGGCACAGCCAGAUGAAGCAGUUUCAUGGGGAAAGAUCAAAGGUUCAGCAAAGCCUGUAAAGGUUCACUGUGAUGCGACUAUCGCUUUCCCGUUACUUGUAGCCGCAACAUUUGCACGGAGGUCUCACGGUGCAAAUUCAACCAACUGAAUUUCUGGCUGCGAACUAAGGGCCUCAAAUUUAUUUUUUAUUGAUCUCCAAUCAUUUGACUGGGCUCUUUGGAGGAUAACAUAGAAGGUUUUUUGUCAGAUGCCGGCCACAAUCACUGAUUCCUUUUGCUCGAUGUACACCUGAGGUUGUAAUACCAAUUGUAUGCUUUGUAAUGAGAUUAUGCAAGAGGAAAUGGACGAUUGAGUCGUUCCUCUCUUUAUCUGACUCUGGAAAACUGCGACUUCACAAGCAAAGUAUCUGGUGAGGAUCAUUUGAUUUUUUAAGACGGGCUUGAAAGAAAGGGGACUGGCUUACAUCAUUGGGUCAACAAAAUAAAGUUGUUUGGUUGAAUCAGUUUGCUGAUUGACCCCUAGUACAAACGGGUGGAAAUUCUUGCUAAAAUUGUAAAUAGUGAUUGUGAUACAGUAUUAUGAAAACGCUUGCAAAUGCUA